GACUGUCAGUUAUGCAGUUUCACUCAGUGCUGGAUUGUGUGUGUGAACCUCCACCAUGUUCACCACUUGGAGUAUACUCCACCACACUUGAAAGUAAUAGAGGAACAUCCGUCCUUUAUAUUCUCUGGGCAUGAGCAUGAGUCCUUAAAUUUUGCUGGCACUAAAGACAAAGCACAAGCUCAAGAAUUUCAUGUUCUCAAAGAAGAAAUGAAAAUUUGGAAUUUUGAUACAACUCAAGAUAAGCUGCAUGAAGUGACAGUUCCCACCUGCUCCUACAGGAUGGGCAAGCAGCGGUAUGGCUAUGGAGCAGCGGUUAUUGAGAAGUCCGGCCUUGUGCACUACACCGUCAUGUGGUUACCGUCUCGCUUUACACAGUUGUGGCUGUACUUGAUUGCUCUUGGUGUCAUCUUUCUUAUUUUUUUACCACCUAUUCUAUGCAUCAUCAAGGUUUAUGUUAUAAAUUUUUAUCAUCUUUGUGGAGUUACCUUAGGUUUCGGACCUAAAUAUCAUCGUGUGUAAGCACUGUAUUUACGUUGUAUGCAUGCACAAUAAGUAAAUUUACACAUGUAAGAUUCCUGCAACCACAAAAAAACAA